AUGGCAAACCGUCACGUGAGCAUGGACGGAGCUUUCCCGGUGACGUGCAAAUCAGUCAGAACCUUCUUUGUGUGCCGAACCCGCCGCUGCCUGCGGGUACCACGGGUCCGCGCUGCCACUACACGCCGGAGGUCACGCUGUGGCUCUAUGAAAUCGCCUUCGAAAAGCUGCAACUGGAUGAGCUACCGCCCAAGCGCCGGAAACGACUGCGGCGAGCGAUGGAGGAGACGCCCUGCAUUGGCCGGGGGGGGCGACUUUCCGCCCCUGCGGAGGCGCGCAGGCUACCAGUACGAUGUGUGCACCUUCCAGAUGAGACAAUUUGAGGAUGGCAAGCCCUUCAGCGUCUCCUCUCAGGCGAUGAUCAAGACAAGAUCGCUGAGUGCCCUGGACAGCAGGUGUGACGUGAUGCCCUGGCUGAUCCGCUUUGCCUUGGACGACUCCGAAGGACACGGCCUUGCCAUAGACGUCGGUGCGGGCGACUCUGGCUCGUGUACUUGGCCUUUGCUCAGUGAGGGUCAUGUCGUCCAUAUGUUUGAGACGGGCUAUGUGAACCAAUUGGAGCGCGACUUCAUCGAGCUAACCCGGGAUGUGAAUGGCUGGCAGGAGCGAGCGACGCUGCAUGGACCAGUACAGGAUGAUCUGUACAUGGCGGAGCUCUUGAAAUCCGCAGAGAAGAUCCACCUCUUGAAGAUUGAUGUCGACGACCGACCCAGCUACGAAGCUGUCUUUGCUGGAGUGGCUCCGGUGCUCAACAAGACGGAGAUCCUUCAGAUCGAGAUGAUCGAAGAAGAGAUCGGCCGCGACGGCAUGCUUUGGAUCAUGGAGACCUUCCACUCUUUCGGCUUCGACUUCUAUGGCCUGGAGGAUCUGGAGACCUUUCCACGGUACCAGCACGACAGCCUGGGCCGCGCCUGUGAGCACGGCGACGUGGAGGGCCGCCAUCACUCGGCAGCGGUGGAAGAUGGGACGAUGCCAUAUGAAUAUGGCGCGGAUGGUCCCAAGCACUUGCGGAUGUUUCCCAUUUGCCAGUGUGGUGCAAAGGUCGUGGGAGGAGGGCGCGGAAACAAAGAUCCAUUGAAAUGCCGUGCGCAAUUUGCCUUCGUGCGCCGCGCGGGGCAUGUGGCGCGGCCACGCGUGCAGGAGCGCUUCGGCCGUGGUGCCCUUGGGGAGAAGGAGCAGAAGCUCAAAGCCGUGCGUGCGGCCCGGAAACUCAAGGCACGGAGACCCCGCUCACGGUCGCCCAGCCAAGACGGCAGGCCGCGGCUGGGUGGGUGGGGCAGGGAGCGAAGCCGAAGCGGUGCCGUGGAUGAUCGUGGGUGUGGGGAAGCGCGGAAGCGUGGCUUGCCAGAGGCGCUGCGCUUGCGUUUGCCCUUUAUGGCACUGGCCGGCAAGCUGCAAGGCCACAUGAUCCACCAGGUGAAGGAGAUUCAAUCCUUGGUUUCAGAAGGUGUCCCUGCUCCUCAGCCCUUGAUCUUUGGUGCUGCUCCGCCGCGGCCAGCACCGCUGCCUCUGGAGCAGCAACGAGAGAGGACGCAGAAUGCAGUGAACAAGGCUCUGGAGCUGGUCCAGGGCUGGCAUCAACGCGAAUGCUUGCUGCAGUGCUUGCGUUCCGUGGAACCCCUGGACAGCUUCGCCGCCACCUGGCACGAGCUGCGCCGCAGCGCCCUGCAGCGCUGCGACGAGACCAGAGCCCGCUUGGCGGAGGUCUCCGGUGACUGGGGUUGUGACGAGGGGGCCGGGUCUGCUUCCACUAGUCGGUCGCAAUGUGGGCGAUCUGCUGCGAGAUGGUGCUGGUGA